UGAACAAUUCUACGAACAAGCCCACCAUUGAUCUGCUUGUACAGUUCUAGACCCGACGUUCAAUACGCAUCUGCCAAUCCAGCGCUGCGCCGGUGUGCAAGCCGAAUCUGAAGUCCGCAGGAAAUGACCUGAUAAGAGCAGACCUGGACCCUCCCGCCAACAACGGCUGACACACGGGCGGCUUCUUAUAAUUAGCAUUAGCUGGCCUGGCAGUUCAGCUCAUGUUGCUGGCUUUUACGAUUCGCUCUACCAGGGAACUGACCGAAGAUAGCUCAUGCUAGUGGUCUCUGGACGUGCUCGCAUGCACCACUUUGCACUGGCACUGUUCGUCUACAGCCUGAGCGGGUUAGUCGCAGGCGGCAGAGUAAGCACUGGCAUAGCCUUAAAGCCUCUCCCCAUGGGCGACCAUAAUUCCCAUGGCGUGCCAACGCUACUACGCUUGGUGUCCCGCCCUUUUGGUCCUCGAUCUCGGCCUUAUUCGUAGUUUCUCUCGUUGAAUGCUUAUCUCCAGAAAUCAUGAAUCCAUGAGUCUUUCGGCAAGCAGUCCCCGGCCAACUUGCGGCCUUUCUUCUCUGAUGCAUCACCUCUGCGCUCUGCGCUGAUGUUGCUGCGCUGCCGAGUCCGGUAGCUGCCCCUCCCACUGCACGCCAUGCCGCGCCCCAAGAAGGCCGACCACGAAUUGAAAGAAGUCAAGAAGCGCUCGAGAAAUGGUUGUUGGCCUUGCAAGUCCAGGAAAGUGAAAUGUGGAGAAGAGAAACCCGCAUGCUCCAACUGUCAACGACAAGGCGAAACCUGCGACUACAGCAUUCGACUCAACUGGGAUGGACGGAGUAAAAGGAAAGACGAUGGAGGGCAUGGUGGGCAGAUGAUGUCUUUCGGUGGCCCGCAGCCUCAACCGCAGCCUACGCAUCAGAUACCACCCGUUCGAGCACCCUAUACAAUCCAGGUGCAACCUCCAUCUACGUACAAUAUUCAGCCUUCUGCCCCGGGAAACCAUCUCAGGGAUAAUGGCUCCGUGGAAUUUAGUUCAGGCCGGCUGCCUCCACCGCCCAUCCUGAAGACUCCGCAAUGGGGCGACAACAGAAACAGUCGCCCUCCCCAGGACACGGCGGCGAUGCCACCACUGCGACAUGUUCUCUCGGUCCCGGGAUAUCCAUCACCUUCUGAGUCAGGGUUUGGUAGCCCCAAUCUCAACAAUGGAAUGUACAGCUUCAGCGGUGGACAGCUCAUGCAAAUGCCUCCUCCCAUGCCCACCUCGAAUCCGAUGGGAUAUCAUGAGGCUGCGGAUUCGACUUACAACAGCGCGAAGAGAAUGAAAAUGAGCCCGCGGACAGAUGGCUUUGGGCGGGCCGUGAACUACCAGCGCGCAAGCUCAUACGGUCCUAACGAAACCGAGGAGCAUACUCGAGUACACUUCAAUCCAAAUACCCCGGCCUUCUUGCCGUCUUACCUCAAUAACCCCUUGACGCCCGCCACCUCUGCGGCCUCACAUGUUUCUCAGGAUACUGAAGACCGACGUAUCUCUGUCAGUUCUCUCUUAUCUGAAGACCCCGAGCCAGACGACUCGGAGGCGCCCGAGAAGAACGGCCAGGAUGCGCAAGAAGAACAGAUUCCGCGUCGUGGAUCGCUUCAUCAGCGCAUGGUGUCAUAUUCAGAGACGGAGACUUAUGGUCAAGACCGGGGGAAUCCGGAUCUCGACAUCCCUCGAAACAACGACACCAUGGCUAUAUCAGGAAUGUCGCCGUCCGAGCACAGUGAUUUCGAGUCUUGGUUGCAUGACGCAGAUCUCGGUGUGCCGGAAUUUGGGUUUGGUCUGGCGAGUCGAGAGACGGUGUUUGCAAAGGGGGGUUAUUAUGCUACGCCGGUACAGAUCAAAAUCCCGCGCAAGUUGGAGCCUUUACCACGGACACUGUCCGAGAACCCGAUGAAUCUGUUGUACUUCCACCAUUUUCUCAACCACACCGCCAGAAUCCUCGUCCCGCAUGAUUGUCCGGAGAAUCCGUUCAAAACAAUCUUGCCCAAAAUGGCUGUGGACAAUCCUAAUCUGCUGAACCUUUUGCUGGCGUAUUCGGCAUGUCACCGUGCGAGAUUGUUGAACCAUCCCGAACCGGCCAACCGAAUUGCUAUGUGGGUUCGAGACGUGUUUCCGUCACUGCGGCAGACUCUGGAUAACGUUUCGAACACCGAGGUUUCCAAUGCGAACCUGGCGACGGCCAUCAUGCUCGCAUCGCUAGAGAUUAUCUCACCUUCGAGUUUCGGAGUAUCGAUACCCUGGCAGAACCACCUGAGUAUUGCGCGAAGCAUUAUUCGCUCCCGAGGAGGGCCUCAUUCAAUAUCGCGCAAAGACCCCGUCAUGUACUUUUUGACGAGAUGGCUGGCCUAUCUCGACGUGAUGGGGUCGUUGUCUGGCCGACGCAACGAGGAGCCCUUGUUUGCCGGCAAUUAUUGGUCCAGUUCGCACGAGGAUAGCACUUCGGCCAAAGAAAUGUCCUUGACGGAGGAUGAUGACAACCCAGGCGAUAACGAAGACGAUGAUGAUGACUACACGAUUGAUUGUCUUUUGGGAUUCACUACACGGUGCGUUUCGAUCCUGGCACAGGUGGCUCUUUUGGCACGGCAGUGCGAAGCCAGUGGCCGGAUCGACCCCGAGACUGGACAGGUCAAUGAGUCAUGGCGGCCUUCCAUGGAUAUACUCAAGCGGGCGGAAAGGUUGCGAUUGGAUUUGGAACGAGCGCGCAACCACGAGCAGAUCCAGUGCUCGCAUCACAGCCCCCAGCUGACAAAGGCACAGUUGGUUGGGGGAUCGCGGCGCAACUCGGCUUACCUGGACAUGUCGGCCAAGGACGCGGAAGAAUCGUUGGCCACCAACUCGGCUUUUCACUGGGCUGGCCUGGUCCAUUUGCUGCGGCGGAUCCACAAUCUUCCACGUAAAGACCCGGAGGUCCAACACGCCGUCCAUGAAAUUGUCAAAAUCCUUCAGACCAUCCGUGAGGGUGGCAGCGCCGAGGCCUGUCUGUUGUUUCCCAUGUUCACGGCUGGUGUGGAGGCCGAGGAUCCUUUGGAUCGCGCCGAAGUCUUGAGCAGAAUCAAGAGCGCCGAAGGUCUGGGUAUGUGUCAGGUCAGUCGAGCUCGAAGGAUCAUGGAAGAGGUCUACAAGACCGGGGUGAGCUGGGAGACUCUGGUCACUGGCGAGUUUUUCGGAUGAAUUGGAUAUAUGUUCCAAUUAAUGCGACAACGCUCGAGGUGUGUGCGACGUUUCGAUGGAUGUUUUAUGUCAGAGCGACGUGAAGCGUUGGCUCAGUACAGUUGGGUAUUGGGUGCGGGACCCUGAGUACACAGCGGAGAGAUUCUACUUUGUAUGUGGCUGGACACAAAUAGGUUUCGUGAUUUAUGAAUUGUUGGAUGGUCCUUGUGUUUCUCGUCCGACUGAGCCUUAUCGAGCAUGGGGUUGUGGCGUUGGCGGGUUUGGUCAAUCUGGGACCAUCUACGACGUCUUUCCCAGCAAUGAUAUUUUCCUUUUUGUUUUAAUUGAACGCCGAACGACCUCUAGGACUUCCGAACCGAGAUUUAGUUUGCAGGCGGCCUUCAGUCGGUAUGAAGUAUAUUAAAGUGAA